UCUUUGUCUCCCCCAAAAACAAAAAAAAACUUUGCUAUUUCUCUCUUAUUUAGUUUCCUGUAUCUCGCCGGUGAAGAAGCCGAAUUCAAACCCUAACCCUUUUGUUUCCACGAGUCGUCUCCUCGAUUCUUCCUCAGUGUUUCUACAUUUUUUGCUUUUCGAUUCGAGAAUGUGCUGACUUAGAGUUGGUUUAUAGAUCGGGAAUAUAAAAAAAAAUGGAGGAAGGUGGAUAUUCGUUUGAGGUUAACAAUGGACGACCAACGGCGAGUGAGUUUGGUACGACGGCGAGGUCUUCUUCGCCGUCAUUGACUAUGUCAUCUUCAUUCCGCGAAGGAGGAGGAGGAGGGAGUAAAGGUUUAUCACGACGGAGGUCAAUGAAGCCGAGUUUUGAUGCGGAUAAUGACUUCAUUACUUUACUCCAUGGCUCAGAUCCGGUUAAAAUUGAGCUCAAUAGGCUUGAGAACGAUGUCAGAGAUAAAGAUCGGGAACUAUCUGAAUCACAAGCUGAGAUCAAGGCAUUGAGGUUGUCUGAACGGCAGAGAGAGAAGGCUGUUGAAGAGCUUACGGAAGAGUUGGGAAAGAUGUCGGAGAAGCUCAAACUAACUGAAAACCUUCUUGACAGUAAAAACCUUGAAAUCAAGAAAAUUAAUGAAGAAAAAAGGGCUUCCAUGGCAGCUCAAUUCGCUGCAGAAGCCACUCUUCGAAGGGUUCAUGCUGCUCAAAAGGAUGACGAUAUGCCUCCUAUUGAAGCCAUUCUCGCCCCUUUAGAGGCUGAACUCAAGUUGGCGAGACAUGAAAUCGUGAAACUUCAAGAUGACAACAGAGCAUUGGACCGCCUAACUAAAUCGAAGGAAGCAGCUUUGCUUGAUGCUGAAAGAACCGUUCAGUCUGCUCUUGCCAAGGCUUCAAUGGUUGAUGACCUCCAGAAUAAAAACCAAGAGUUGAUGAAACAGAUAGAAAUUUGCCAGGAAGAGAACAGAAUUUUGGACAAAUUGCACAGACAAAAGGUUGCAGAAGUUGAAAAGUUUACCCAGACUGUACGAGAGCUUGAAGAAGCUGUGCUCGCUGGUGGUGCAGCUGCAAAUGCUGUGAGGGAUUACCAGAGGAAAUUCCAAGAAAUGAAUGAAGAGAGGAGAGUCCUUGAUCGGGAACUGUCUCGUGCCAAAGUAAGUGCAAGCAGAGUUGCAACUGUAGUGGCAAAUGAGUGGAAAGAUGGUAGUGACAAAGUGAUGCCUGUGAAGCAAUGGCUCGAAGAACGAAGAUUUUUGCAGGGAGAAAUGCAACAACUACGUGACAAACUUGCCAUAGCUGAUAGAGCUGCAAAAUCUGAAGCUCAGCUAAAGGAGAAAUUUCAACUGCGGCUUAGAGUCUUAGAAGAGAGUUUAAGAGGGCCUCCAAGCAGUGGCAACCGGUCGACACCUGAGGGAAGAAGUAUUAGCAACGGGCCAUCUCGAAGGCAAUCCCUUGGCGGAGCUGAUAUUAUUCCAAAACUGACAUCGAAUGGAUUUUUCUCCAAGAAAACACCGAGUUCUCAGUUUAGAUCUCUGAAUGCUAGUACAAGUACAAUACUGAAGCAUGCUAAAGGAACAUCUAGAUCAUUUGAUGGAGGCAGCAGAUCUUUAGAUAGGAGUAAACUACUAACAAACGAACCCAGAUCGAAGUUUCCAGUGAACCAGUCUUCUGAAGGAAAAAACGGAGGCGAGUCACCUAAUUCAACAAAACAAGAAGAAUCAGAGAAAGUAGCAGCGACAAAUAAUGAUAGUGUCCCAGGAGUAUUACAUGAUCUGCUUCAAAAGGAGGUGAUAACUUUACGGAAAGCUGCUCACGAUAAAGAUCAAAGCCUUAGAGAUAAAGACGAAGCUAUUGAGAUGUUGGCAAAAAAGGUUGAAACACUAACAAAGGCGAUGGAAGUGGAAGCAAAGAAGAUGAGAAGAGAAGUAGCUGCAAUGGAGAAAGAGGUUUCAGCUAUGCGUGUGGAUAACAAAGGAUCAGAUAGUAGAACGAGACGUCCCUCUAUUAACUCAAAAGGAGCUUCAACAACAGCACAGUUACUUUCUCGAAGCAGAGGCUCAGGACGAAUGGGGAUGACGAGGAGUACGCAGUAAUCAAAGAAGUCGAUUCCCACGAGGAAAAAUAUGAAUUCUCAAUCAGUGGUUAGUAGAUGGAAAGAAUGAUUAAAGCAUACAAAUGUAGAAAUCUAAUAUGGGAGGUUUGUGUGCUUCUCUAACAUAGUAAGAUUUCAAGGUAAAAAGAAAAGGAAGAGAAACACUGAUUUCAAAUUUUAUUAGCUAACUUUUGUGCUGGUGAUGUUUAUUGGUUUUCUUAUAUAUAUAGAUAAAGAGUUAGGAUUGUGCUAUA